AGGACCCAGCGGUACCGACGGUAUUUCGUCAAAUAUUAACUGGUUACAAAACCGGCAAGUGUGUAACUACAAACAGGUUAUUAAACUCACUAACAUCACUCGAGAGAGGGAAGUUUGUAGAAAAAAAAAAAAAAAUCAGAAAAGACAACAUGGACAGGACGGUCAGCCUGCCUAACCAGCCCGACAAAACCACCACAGUGACUCUGGUUGAGAACAGCAGUGCCCCCAGUGGGCUGGAACUAGUUAGUUCCUACCAGACCAACAGAGUGGGUGACCCCAUGGAUCUGGUGGCCCUGGCAGAGCAAGUCCAGAAGGGAGAUGAGUUUGUAAAAGCCAAUGCCUGCAACAAACUGACAGUCAUUGCAGACCAGAUUAGAUACCUGCAAGAGCAGGCUAGAAAGACUUUGGAAGAAGCAAAAAGAGACGCUGAGCUGCACCACGCUGCCUGUAACAUUGUGAAAAAGCCAGGCAACAUGUACUACCUCUAUCAGAGGCCAUCUGGACAGAAAUACUUCUCCAUCAUCUCUCCUAAGAUGCAGCUGGAGAUCCCACCAACAUUCAGUACAAGGAUCAGAUGUAAAGCUGCACCAUGAAGCUCAUCAAAGGAAAAAAGCUGACAUCCACUGUUUCACAUCAUUGCAUGUUAGCACAGCUAGCUGUCAAACAAGCACAACAGCCUGCGUUUAGCAACAGAGUUCUGAGUUUGUGUAGUUUUUUUUUUUUUUUUUAAAGAAAAAAAUCAGCUGCUUCUAAAAAUGUUGUUCUUCGGCACCAUUUUUGGUCAAAAAAGGCACCUUUUACAGCUUUAUUCUGCAAACUUUGAGCUGUAUAACGUUGGGAUUAGAGCCCAAACUAGACAGCUUUUUAAGAGCGAUACCGAUAUUUGACUUAAAUGAUAUCAGCCAAUAUUUUUUUCCCUUUCUUUCAGACACACAAAAUUUAUGGAGUUAUGGAUAAUUACUAGGAUAAUGUGACCAUAUAGGUUAGAAAUUAAUUUUAAAAAUAAACAAAUCGCUGGUCGUCUUGUGGCGUUCCAAACGUGUUUCCAACAGGGAAAAUGCGUAUUGCCCUCCGGUGGACGACUAUGCAACAUCAACACUCAUAGCAUGGUUGAAAUGUGUUUCUCCUGUCAUCUUUACUUUGAAACUUUUUAUUUAUAUGCUGAAAAAUGACAAUUUGCGAUACCAGUAUAGAGGCAAAUGCAUAAUAUUGGCUGAUAUAUCAGUUGGGGCACUAAUAGGGACGUUCCUGAUGAUUAAUUUGAUGAUUUUAUUUUUUUAAAUACAAAUUUUAAAAGAUGCCAUGUUUUGUCCCUGUAAAUAAAUUACAAAAGAUGUAAUUUCAUGUUUAAUUGUAUGUCAAGGCAAUUAAAGUGCAAUUUCUUCAUUUCAAA